CAGGGGUGCAGCCUGGCGUUGUGGAGCAGAGGAAAGACGCGAAGGGCUCCUGUGGUAUUUACGGGCCUACGACUUAAAACUCCAGUAGAAUUUGUUCAGAAACGAUCCCUCCCCACCCCCACCUCCCUACCGCGCAAACAGUAAACGAGUCACUGUAUGUAUGCCUUGUUUCCUGGAAGCAUGAGUCUGUUGGGACUUGGGACAAGAAGAAAACAAGACAUCUUCACAAGGAAAAUCAGACACUAAAAAACUACCCCAGAUUCUGAAGAGAUAGAACACAAACAUGACCGACAGUGGACUUCGGGAGCCUCAAGAGAACUCUCAAAAGUAUUCGGAAAAUGAUCCAUCAAUAAAUUCUCAGGCACAGGAGACCACAAUCACAGCAAGUACCAUUGAAGAAGCUCAGACUCCACACCCUGCCUCUGGUCUUAACAAAGAGCACCAAGGGAUAGAGACAAUAAAUCCAGAAAGUGCAGAUACAGUUGAUGAAUCAGAAAGUCCAGAUGAAACAAAUUUUGGGGACUCUCCAAAGGAAAAAACAGAACAUGAGAACAACCAGAGUUUUCAGGAUAGAAAACAAGGGCAUCACGUCCCUUCAGAAAAUCUGUGUGAAGAACCCUUGGAUCCAGAUCCUGACCAUUCUGCAAGUGAUAAGGAAGGAAGAGCAGAUGUACACUUAGAGAGCAGCUCUGCAGCCCUCCCUGAGGAAGUGAGUGACAGAACUGGAGCUUCUCAGGAGCCAUCUGCUGCAGUAAUCCAGGAGGCCCAAAGCCCUGGUCAUUCCAGGGUGGGUCUAGAGAGCCAGGAUACACUGAGGAGGCGACUGCCUCCAGAGGCUGAAAAUCGUCAACAAGAAACACAAAAAUCGGAAGAAAAGAAAGAGAAUGCACAAGAAGCCAUAAUAAAGAUUAGUAAAAAGGCUUUUUGGAGCUAUGGCCCCAUCUUUGUUGGCUUCCUGGUUGUGGCUUUUGUGCUAAAUUCUGUUAAUAGCUACUAUUCAUUUCCAGCCCAGCAAGUACCCCAAAAUCCAGCUUUGGAGGCCUUCUUGGCUCAGUUCAGUCAGUUGAAGGAUAAAUUUCCAGGUCAGAGUUCCUUCCUUUGGCAGAGAGGACGUAAGUUUCUCCAGAAGCACCUCAAUGCUACAAACCCUACUGAGCCAGCCACGAUCAUAUUUACAGCAGCUCAGGAGGGGAAAGAGACCCUGAAGUGCCUGAGCCACCACGUUGCAGAUGCCUAUACCUAUUCCCAGAAAGUCUCUGCCAUUCAAAUUGAUGGGGCUGGAAGAACCUUGCAGGACAGUGACACAGUCAAGCUGUUGGUUGAUAUGGAACUGAGCUAUGGAUUUGAGAAUGGCCAGAAGGCUGCUGUGGUACACAACUUUGAGUCCCUUCCUGCGGGCUCCACCUUGAUCUUCUACAAGUAUUGUGAUCAUGAGAAUGCUGCCUUUAAAGACGUGGCUCUGGUCCUAACCGUUCUAUUAGAAGAGGAAACAUUAGAAGCAAGUGUAGGCCCAAGGGAAACUGAAGAAAAAGUGAGAGAUUUACUCUGGGCCAAGUUUACCAACGCGGACACUCCCAGCUCCUUCAACCACAUGGACUCAGACAAACUGAGUGGGCUCUGGAGCCGUAUUUCGCACCUGGUACUGCCUGUCCAGCCUGUGAGGAGCAUAGAGGAACGGGGUUGCCUUUUUAAAAGCUAAGCUCAGAGUUGAUUAUAGAAGGCACAGGCUUAUGAAAAAGUUUAAAGGCCUUCCAUUCAUGAGGAAGAAGGUUGAUAAAUGUGAAGAAAUAGCCUGAAAAGCACAAAUGAACUUAUGUUAGAAAAAGAGUUUCCAUAUUUUACUUUUUGUAAAAUCUUUAAUAAUCUAAGCCUUGACAAAGCUAAAAA